CAUAUAUUUCAUAUUCAAUGGAUUUUGGGUUGAGGUGGUGGUGGGGGUUUGCGCUAGACAAAUGGAGGGGGUGUGCAUGGCCUCAUUGACUCAAAUGAUUUAUAAAAAAAACAACAAAAAAAAAAACACUAUGGAAACAAUGAAGUAAACGAAUGCUUCAGUCCAAGCAGGUACUUGCAUAAUGAAAAAUGAAAGGUACUGUAUGUUGACUGCAGUAAAUAUUUAUGCACCAAUGAGAUCAAGCACGCUUUUAAUAUUGAAAAUAAUUAAUAACACAUUGCAGAAUCCACACCAGGACCUUCAUGCACUUUGACACACCACCUACUCGGUUUCUGAGUCAAAGUGCAACAUGCUGUGGUCUUCUUUAUUUAGUUCAGUUUAGAGUAUUGAGUCUGAACUCAAACUCAUGAUUUGACGAGAGAUGUUUGAGGCAGGUGUGUAUGUUUGUGACCAGGAUGUUUUGUGUUUUUUAUGUGUUCAGGGCUCAAUAAUAAGGAUUGUUUUCUGCUGUUGUUCAGUUUUUACUGAUCCUGCCAACAUUUUAGUUUGAGAUUUUGAGAGAGCGGACUGUAUAGAAGGAUUAUUUCUUGAAUUUCUGUUGUUCAGUACUGUGUCAGAUGGAGUUUGACGUUUUCAAACUUUUGAAGAACAGUAUGAUGUCAAAUAGUGCUUUCUUCUGUCUGUGUAUGUUCAUCACAAAUUAUGUUUUGAGUGAUAAUUCAGAUGAAUUGAAGACAGUAUUGGAGGGAGAUUCUGUCACUCUACAGUCAAAUGUUACUGAAUUACCAAAAGAUGAUCACAUACUUUGGAAGUUUGGACCUCGAAAUGCUCGAAUAGCUGAAAUCAUUAAAAGGGACCAAAUAAAUUUUAUAUGGGUCAGUAAUGAUGAGAUAUUCAGAGAUAAACUGCAACUGAACAAUCAGACUGGAUCUCUCACCCUCAAGAACAUCAGAAUCACACACUCUGGACUUUAUCAGCUUGAGAUCAUCAACAGUGCAGGAACUUCAGUCAAAAGAUUCAGUGUUACUGUGUAUUCUCCUCUUCCUGUUCCUGCCAUUACCAAUAACUCUUCAGUCUGUUCAUCAUCAUCAUCAGAGAGAUCGUCACUCUCUAAAUGUGUGUUGGUGUGUUCAGUGGUGAAUGUGACACAGGUGACUCUCUCCUGGUACAAAGGAAACAGUUUAUUCUCCUCCAUCAGUGUGUCUGAUCUCAACAGCAGUCUCUCUCUACUUCUGGAGGUGGAAUAUCAGGAGAACAACAUCUACAGCUGUGUGAUCAACAAUCCCAUCAGAAACCAGACUAAACAUCUCAACAUUACUGAAGUCUGUCAGACGUGUUCAGGAUUUUUACGUCUCUCAUAUCUUAUACUGCUGACUUUAGCUGCUGUAGUCCCAGUGUUCAUCUCGACAUGUGUGAUAUGCUGUGGCUGCAGGAAAUGUAGAAAACAAGGACAGGAAGAUCAGACAAUCAAAGUGACAGAAUACACACAGAUCAUCUAUUACAGUCUUCAGAUGACAGAUCUGUCACAGAAAUCAUAUGAGGAUGUGAACAGAACUGUGAAUGCUGUGACGUAUCAACACACAACACAAUGAAACUCAACACAGCAGCUGUUCUGCAUCAUUAUUAGUGUUGGAAAAAGAGAAUAUAAUCACAGUUUAGGCUAAAUGAACUGCUUGAAAAAUAUGUUUAAUAACUGAACUGUAAAUAUAUAUAUAUAUAUAUAUAUAUUUUUUUUUUACCUCAAUAGUUAGAAUUGGUUGAACAAAAAUGGUCAAAUCUAAAAACGAAGAAAAAGCAUGAAUAUAAAAACAAAAACUGAAAAUGUUCUACUUUUAAAAAGUGUUUGAAAUAAUAAAAAAAAUUAAACUGAAUUAAAUUAGUGCAGGUGAAAUAUAAUUCAAGUCUUCUGUGUCAUUACAUUAAACUGAAUUAAUAAAUACACAUGCAUAUAAACUCUGAUCAGUUUUCUUGCGUCAGAGCUGCUGUUAUUGAGGUCAGUAAAUUGGGGGUCUGAA